UCACGUGUUCCCUCGGAGAAUGGGCAGAGCCGGUGAGCCGGCGACUGCCAGGCCGUUCGUGUCGGAACCCUGCGCCCUCUCCGAGCGAUGCUGCGGAGCUGCGUCUCCCUACUGCGGACGCCGGGAGUCCUCUGCGGCCCGCCGGGAGGCGCGUCCCCGCUGGCGAGGGACUCGUGGCCUCUCAGGUCAUAUUCAUCAGAGGUUGCUCACAGGGACCAUUCUCUCCCCAACCCCAGCUGGAGCAAGGACAUGAGACUCAUUUUUGACCAGUUCAUGAAGAAGAGUGAAGAUGGCUCUUGGAAACGUUUGCCUUCAUAUAAAUUUACAUCUUCUAAAAGGCUUGAAGAGGUCAAAAUCUUUUUUCCUGAUGCAAAGCCUGUGAAAGAAGAACCAUUGUCACAGGCUCGGCUCUUUCCCAGAAGCCUUGAGGAAGGUCUGGGGUUUGAAUAUGCGAUGUUCCAUAAUCAAGUUGAAAACAGGACAGUUUGCAUAUUGCAAGGAGGUCCUUACCUGCAAGGAGUACCUGGAUUCCUUCACGGAGGUGCCAUUGCAACCAUGAUUGAUUCUACUGUUGGUAUGUGUGCAAUUUUAACUGGGGGAGCUGUCAUGACUGCCAAUCUCAACAUCAAUUUUAGAAGGCCUAUCCCCCUUUGUUCUGUUGUUGUGAUAAAUAGCCAGCUUGAUAAAAUUGAAGGAAGGAAACUGUUUAUUUCCUGUAAUGUCCAAAGUGUGGAUGAAAAGACUCUAUACUCUGAGGCAACAAGCUUAUUUGUAAAACUGGAUCCUAAAAAAAGUUCACCAUAAAAGUUUCUGGUGCAUUCUGCACCAACCUGCACUGGGCUCUCCUUCCCUCCAGAAGAAGCUGGUGUCUCUGAUCCUGCCCCGCUUACCCACUUUUGAGGCCCCCCCAGGGGGUGAAGCCUGCUAAUACUGAUCUUCCUGAACAAAUCUUCGAAAUACAACUCCAGGAGGUGUUCACACCUUCUAAACUCUUUUAACACGGAAGGACUCUCUGUGACAGUAUCUGCAGUUUUUUGUGUGUCCUCAGAAUAAGUUUCUGGUUCUCCUAAAUUUGAAUGGGCUCCUUAAGGUUGCAUAAGCAUAGUGUCUUCCCCAUUACAGACUGAAGAAAAUUAUAUUGAAACUCUUAACACAAACUAGAAAAUGCCAGAAAACCGAAGGAAGGUGUGUGUGUGUGUGUGUGAGAGAGAGAGAGAGAGAGAGAGAGAGAUAAAUUACAAAGCUAGCUUUAUUAUAUCCAAACAAAAUCUUUUUGGCCACAGUAGGAAGCACAACUAGUUCCUAUAGGAAUGAAUGAUACCUCAACUCUGAAUCCUAGGGAUUAAAUAGCUGUACCAACAUAAGCUGUCCUGUUGUGUCUUAACCAACAGCAUAGUGGAUCUUCACUGGAAGGAACCUGUAUUUACUUCCCAGGUAUCUUCAUCCAUUCAGGCUGCUAUAACAAAAUACAGAACAAAAUAACCAACGGAAAUUUAUUGUUCACAGCUCUUAAACCUAGAAAGUCAAGGAUCAAACACCAGCACAGUCACCUGGUGAAGGCUAGCUUAACUGGCUUAGAGCUGAUGCCUUCUCACUGUGUCCUCACAUGGUAGGAAGGGCUAGAGGUUCUCUAGAUCCUCUUUUAUUAGGACACUAACCACACAGGAGGGUUCUACUUUAUUACAUACUUCUCUACAGCCCACCUACUGAUAACAUCACGUUGGGUGUUAGGAUUUCAACACACGAAGGCAGUGGCGGGAACAAACAUUCAGACCUUCACAUCAGGGCUGCCA